UAGUCUCUUUAUUCUUCUUUGACUUCGGGCCAUGCUGACCGAAGAUGUUACGCAUUGGCAGCGUGUGAGUGUAUCGAUCCUCAGCAGAGGUGGUCUAUUUUCAACUUUCCAUCAUGAUUUGACCAGCUUGAUCGGAGUCAUUGUGCACGGAUGCGGUCUAGGUUACUCUCUAAGCCCUCUGACUCAUCACCCUUGGAGAACAUUGUUCAGCUCUGUUCUGCUGUUCUCGUUAUCUUCGAACACUCUUUCCACAUUUUCGACAAGCGACGCUUUCUUGCAGACCAGCUAGCUCCUUGUUUUCAUGUCGCUCUGAAGAAGUACAUGGCAUCUCAGCAUGCAGCUGCUGUCAGGGAAAGUGUGAGCGCUGCUGUCCAGGCAUAUGAAGAAGCUGUGGCUACUGCCGCCCACGCAUAUGAAGAAGCUGUGAAGGCUUUUGUCUACACAUAUCAAGGAAAAUCGCCUGCUUGGAUGGCGAAAUUACUGUUUCGACGCCUCCGAAGGAAGGCAAGAGAAGCUUUUGAAUGCUCUCAGCAGAGGGAGACAGAAUUUUUGUGCUCUCAGGCGAAGGCGGAGUUAAUCAAGACUACUCUCGAAAUCGCUUUAAAUAAUCGCCUGCCGAGACCUUGAUGUUGGGCGAUGCAACACCAUGUUCCGGUUCGGAGUGGAGCUGAGGUGUGCUGGCAGUGAAUGUGGAUUUCCUCUGUUUAGGUAGAUUCAGGACGUGGAAUUGUAUGCAAUGGUUGCAUGAUUACGCAGUACGACGUCGGCGACACUUUGUUCGGUAUGGCACAUACGUGUUUGGAGAAUGUCGGUCACCGUAGACGCAGAAUCGUCGCAGAUCAAACUGCACGAGUUCAUGACCAUUCCUUUGAUAUUUUAUUGAUCAUAGCGAUAUAUACUGCACAACCAAUUGUCUUUUCCUCCCUCCGGACCCACG